CCUGUGCCUCUGUACCGAGCAAGCUGAAUGGUCGGCUUGGCGUGUUUCUGAUUGCCUGAAACUGGUUGGCAUAACGAGUAACACCACGAUGGGCCACUCAUUUCUCAAGCAGCCCGAGAGUGGCAUGUGUGCCCCUCCAUCUCUAGCAGUGGUCAGGACGACGGCAUGGAAGUUGGAUCAGGCAUCUUUCCUUGAGCCGACUUCGUCCGAAUAUUUUACCUCUCGCCAUCGCUGCUUGCUUGUAGACAGUAGUACAUGAUCCCGAUUGCAUCACGAAUCGCCCACACAUCCAAAACCAAAACAUCAUCAGAUUACACUACCUGCCAGGAUCUGCCUAGUUCUUUUGCCUGCUCCCCUUUGCCCCGCACCACCUGUUUUCUCCUUGACCGCUCCCUCUGCUGAAUUCUCAGGGUCUUCCACCUUCAUCCAACUGGAACUCUCAAUACCGAACCGCAGCCGUAGCCAUGACAUCCUUUAAACUUUACCCGUUCUUGCUCGGGUUCAUCGUUCUCUUCUGCUUUGUGCGACCUACGCUCGCUUUCGGCGCCGGCAACAUCGCAGGGAUCUCCAAGGUCGAGGGCCAGAACUGGCGUCAUGGCGAUAUCGAGGAUGUACUUCUCAGAAUUAUCAUGGCUCGCGCCGCCGGCGGCAAGAAGUUCGACAAGUUGAUGGUUUCCCGUGUUUACUUUGGGAACUGGCUCCGAGACUAUUCCCAAGCCAUUGACGUGGGCACCGUCAAGAGCGUGUCGGCCGAGGCCAUCCGUCUCUUGCUGUGCAUCCUAGGCUUCCUGACGUUCGGCUAUGGUAGCCGCGAAUUCGAGGUCACGGCCGACCGCCUUGGCUGCUACCGUCCCGAGGACCAUAUUGACAACCCCAAGAACUACGCCGACAACAUGGAUGCGAGACAGUACGACCGCCGCCUACGCGGGCCUGUGGACGAGUCCGUUGAGCUGGCUAUCGACGAGGAGACGGGCAUGAAGAACUACAUUGCCAACGAGAAUGCCGGCAUCAUGACCUCGGCGUUGCAUGUCCGCCGUCUCUUCGCCAAGUCUAUCGAGCUGGGUCGCUCGUACGGGCGAAGCCAGAGGAAGGAAGAGCUCUACGAAGCCCUUCGCCUGCUUGGAACCGGCCUCCACUGUCUCGAAGACUUCUUUGCUCACAGCAACUACACCGAGCUGGCUUUGAUUGAACUGGGGGAGCGGGACGUAUUCCCUCAUGUCGGCCGGAACACCAAAAUCAGGAUUCCUGGUGCUCGCCACUCGGUCUAUCCUAUCGUCACCGGCACUUUUGGGGGUGUCGACUUUCUCCACUCCGUCACUGGAGAAGUGUCCGAUAAGAUGAUCCAGAGCGAGAUUGAGGACCUGGAGGGGACCCUUGAUCAAAGCCGGAACAGCGACACCAGCUUCCUUCGUGAUCUGCUCGAUAAGAUUCCCGAUGGCUUGUUCGGUGGUGAUGACAAGAAAGCAAAGAUGGACGACCUCCAGAACAACGCCCAGGCCGCCCAGAUGCAGAACAUGACGGUGUCACCCAGGGAUCCAGAAGAGUUCACUCAGUAUAUCCAGCAGGUGUUCCAGCAGGUCAUGCCUGCCAUUCAGUUCCACGACGAGGUUCUCCAGAGCAUCACGGAGGCCAUUGAACAGAUCCCGAUUCUGCCCAAGAUCAUCGAGCAGCUGGAGGAGCAGCUCUCGCUUUUCGUCUUUUCAAUGAUUGCGCCUUUCGUGAUCCCCGUCAUUGACCAGAUCAAGAACGAGCUCGCUACGGGCGCCAGCGAGAUCAUCGAGAGCAGUAAGCACGAGCAGCACAUUGUCUUUGAGGACGACGACUGCAGCGACCCGACCCACUCGAUGCUAGCCAAGGACCACUUUACCAACAUUCUCAACGAAAUUGCUGGCCGCACCGCCUCCAAGGUCGUGGGCUGGGUGGUCCCUCAGCUCAUGGAAGCCUGGGACAACCCUCACAUGGAUGUCGACCGCAUGCUUAACAAGGUCAUCUACGGUGUGCUGCAUCACCCUGCGCAACGCGACAUGGGUCCCGACGGCGCCGAGGAGGGCCGCAACCUGAUCUUCCGCAGCGUUGAGGAGUGGUGGCAGGAGAUGGACGAGGGCCAGCGCGACGAAUACCGGCGGAAGCUGAGCCGUAGCGGCGUCGAGAGAGGCGAGAACCACCGCGAGGGUGAGCAUGACUGCGGCCACGGAUGCGGCAAGAAGCUCAAGAUGCGCAAAAAUUUCAACGAAGAGAACCUGACAAUGGAGGACCGCAUUGCCGGCGCCGCCGCCGACGCCAUUGUCGGUGGUGUCAAGCAAACCCUCGGAGGCGCAGUCCAACAAUCUGGCUUCGGUGGUGGCGGCGGCGGCCAAGACGACAUUGGAGGCCUGUUGGGCAGGGUGGCCGGCGGAAUCCUAGGCGGCGGCUUCGGGCGGGAGGAGACCCAGACCUACCAGUCUGGCGGACGCACCGACGAUGGCGGCUACACGCAGACGACUACGGAAUACGGCCGCCAAGGCAAUCGCUAUGGCCAGGCCGAGUACAAUGAGACGCAAUACGGGGGCGGCGGCGGCGGACGGAGCGAGUACCGCCGCUAUGAGCAAGAGGACAACGGCCGUCGUGGCGAGGCCUACAGCUACACGGAGGAACGCACAGAGACCCGCUAUGAGAGCAGUGGCGGCUAUCGCCGCGAGGAAGAGACAACCAGCUAUGGCGGUAGCGGGGGAUACGGUCGCCGCGACGAACAGAGCUACGGUGGCCGGGAGGACUACGGCCGGCGCGACGAGGACAGCUAUGGUGGGGGCUAUGGUCGUCGUAAUCAGGACAGCUAUGGCGGGGGUUAUGAUCGCCGUGAUGAGGACAGCUAUGGUGGAGGAUACGGCCGUCGGGACGAAGACAGCUAUGAGCGCCGUGAGGAGCGCCCUGAGCGUCGCGAGGAACAGUCCUAUGGCCGUCGCCGGAAUGACGAAGAGGAGGAGGAAGAAUCUGGUGCUGCCGGCUUCCUUAGCAAUCUUGCGCGGCGUGCAGGGGAGGCGCUUGAGGAAAAGCGUGAUGAAGGUAGAGGAUGGGGGUUCUAAAUCUCUCCUGUGGUUGGUAAGGGCUAGUCUCGAUCUGCUGGGUGGGUAGGAAGCCCGGGGACGGCUGGUUUUUUUUGAAAAGUGUUUUCUGUGGGUAGCUGGGAAUCUCACGGAAUAUCACAUGUGCUUGUCGUGAAACGAUCGGUUGCGGAUACACCAGCCAGCUAGCCAAAUUCAUCUUGUCUUUGUUGUCCUACGCCGUUCCCCGUCAUUGCUCUCACAUAUAAUACCGGGAAACCGUGGAGUUCCAACCGAGCAUUCUAAGGAAUUGGUUCGCUUGCGGGUCGAUAUGCGAACGCCGCCUAUUUUGCUCACUGGGCAGAUAU